UAAUUGUUUAUGCUAAACCGCAAGAUAUUUGGAUCCAAAGGAUUACCAUAAAUCACUAUAUAAAGACAUAAAUGUGCACCCCACUUUUCUUAUCAAUCAUAAAAGUCAGCAAAACACAAGGCAUAUUCCUCUUCUCUUCCUCAGCCUUAUUUUCUUGAUAUUCAGAUUCAAGAAUAUAUUCAUGGCGAUUCACAAGAUCCUCUUCGCUUCACUUCUCAUAUGCUCUCUGAUCCAAUCCAGCCAUGGGGCGGAAAAAGUAAGACUCUUCAAAGAGCUGGACAAAGGUGCUCUUGAUGUCACCACUCAACCCAGUCGACAAGGAGACGGUGUUGUUUUGGAUGCCGGCAAAGAUACAUUGAACAUUACAUGGAAGCUAAGCGCUAUUGGGUCUAAAAGAGAGGCUGAAUUUAAGAUCAUCAAAGUAAAGCUAUGCUACGCUCCACCUAGCCAACUUGACCGACCAUGGCGCAAGACCCAUGACGAGCUCUUCAAAGACAAGACCUGCCCACACAAGAUCAUAGCCAAGCCUUAUGACAAAACCCCUCAAUCAACUGUUUGGACCGUUGAGCGUGACAUCCCCACCGGAACCUACUUCGUUCGUGCCUACGCAGUUGAUGCCAUUGGCCAUGAAGUUGCCUAUGGACAGAGCACCGACGAUGCCAAGACAACCAAUCUCUUCAGCGUUCAGGCUAUCAGUGGCCGCCACACGUCCUUAGAUAUUGCCUCCAUCUGCUUCAGCGUCUUCUCCGUGGUGGCUCUUGUCGUCUUCUUUGUCAACGAGAAGAGGAAGGCCAAGAUAGAGCAAAGCAAAUGAGUCGUUUACUUUGUGUAUUUGUGACGUUGAACCCAAAAAAAGUUGACUUUGAACUUCUUGGUUACCAAUUCCUUUUGUCUUGUUGCUUACUUCUUCUUUCCUAUAUGCUUUUAUUUAUGUGUUUGUACAAUUAAGCCAUUGAUAUGGAGCAAAACUAAUCCUACGGUGGUGAUGCGUUGUGUGCUUUUUAUAUUUUUUUAUACACUUUUUGAUAUAUUAAUAUUCUUA